UUGACGUGAUGACGUCACCCCAAGGCACGCACUGCGACUUUUGGACUGGGGCAACCUUCUUCAGCAAAGCUAAAAGCGGACGUUUGGAAUCCACACGCGGACGACGACAACAACAGCACUGCCUUUUCGCAAGAUGGCGCUCACUCAGGUGUCCUCCAACAAGUGCGCAGGAGGUUUCCAGAAGGUCUUUGAACACGAUAGCGUGGAGCUGAAGUGCAAGAUGAAGUUUGCCGUCUUCCUGCCACCCAAAGCCGAGACGCACAAGUGUCCCGUUCUGUAUUGGAUCUCAGGCCUGACGUGCACCGAGCAGAACUUCAUCACCAAGGCGGGAAGUCAGCUGGCCGCAGCCGACAACGGCAUCAUGGUCGUCGCGCCGGACACCAGCCCACGCGGCUGCGGCGUGGAGGGCGAGGACGACGGCUGGGAUUUGGGCACCGGCGCCGGGUUCUACGUGGACGCCACCCAGGAGCCGUGGAAGAGCAACUACCGCAUGUACUCCUACGUCACCCGGGAGCUGCCCAAACUGAUCAACGACAACUUUCCCGCCGACCCCGAAAGGAUGUCCAUCAGCGGCCACUCCAUGGGCGGCCACGGGGCGCUCAUCUGCGCCCUCAAGAACCCCGGGAAGUACAAGGCCGUGUCGGCGUUCGCCCCCAUCUGCAACCCGGUGCAGUGCCCGUGGGGGCAGAAGGCAUUCGCCGCCUACCUGGGGCCCGACCGCGCCGCCUGGGAGGCCUACGACGCCACCGUUUUGGCUUCGGGUUACGCGGGCCCGCCGCUGGACAUCCUGCUGGACCAGGGCCGCGACGACCAGUUCCUGUCGGCCAGUCAGCUGCUGCCCGACAACUUGAUCGCCGUCUGCUCCGAAAAGAAGAUCCCCGUCGUCUUCCGCCUGCAGCCCGGUUACGACCACAGCUACUUCUUCAUCUACUCCUUCAUCAACGACCACAUCAAGCAUCACGCCAAGUACCUCAACGCCUGACCGAGCGAGCGGUCCCGACUCCGGCCCGCUAGCCACCGCUGGCGUGUCACUUUGCGACGCCUGCCUGUUCCACACAAUAAAAAAA